UGCUCCUGCUGGAGUGGGAAUAAACCACCUAAACUCUGCUUUUAACAUCGGACGGUGUUAGAAUACAUAUCCGACACACUUUCCCUGGACAAAUAUUGUACAAGGCUAACCUACCGACAUGAAGUGUAGCUUUACUGCUCAUUCAGUGCUAACCACAAUCUAACCCAGCUGCAGUGAGACACGAUGGAGUCGCCAGUGCUGAACCUGUACAACCAGUUCCAGAGUCUCAGAGCCCAGGUGGACGGUCUGAAUGAGGGCAUUGAACCACAGUUCCUCCAGAUGGCACUGAACUUUGAGGAGUGCCGUAAGAAGUGGCUGCGGGCAGGCGAUGAGCUGGUUUCUUGUAAAGAGAUGCUGGCUAAAGCAGAGACUGAGAGGGGAGCCCUGGAGGUCAAACUAAAGCAUGCUCGCAACCAGGUGGAUGUGGAGAUCCGCCGGCGGCAGAAGGCUGAGACAGUCUAUGAGAAGCUGGAACGUCAGUUACAGCUGAUCCGGGAACUGCUCAUUUCAGAGAACAACAGUGUCCACCUGAGCGAGGAGCAGCGGUCCGCCCUGGCCUUCCUUAGUGCGCACUCCCAGGCAGCACAGGCUGCUAAUGGCAACCUCAACUCUAGCCGAAGGUUAACCACCAUCGAUGAAUCAGCUUCUUUGCUGUCAGACAUCAGCUUUGACCAAACGGACGACUCUCUGGACUGGGAUUCCUCUGUGAUGAAGACUGUGAGAUUACGGAAACGGCAGAAACGACGUUCAUCCAGAAAACUCUGUGAGGUUCCUCCACAGGCCAUGAAGAAACCUCGCUCCACUGGACGCACAUCAGAGAGGAUGAAUGAGUCUAUCGUGGCCAAAACUACCAUCACUGUGCCUGUAAAUGGUGGUGCUGUCGAAGCGGUCUCCACCAUUGAGACUGUGCCUUACUGGACACGUAGCAGAAAGAGGAGUGUUGCUCCAGCAUGGGGUGAUACAACCACUACUGACCAAUCUGAGACUGCGAGUGAGGCUCCCAGCACACCAGUCUCUGACUUCCAAGCCCAGCUGCGAACCCCUAAAGCCAAUGGAGGAGGAAAGAAGCACCACUUCAUCCCCAAGACAGUGAUCAAGUCUGAAUUCUGUGCUCCUUGUGGAAGAAGAACGAAGUUUGGAAAGAUGUACCUCCGCUGCCAGGAUUGCAGGAUUGUGACCCAUCCUGAGUGUCGUGAGCGCUGUCCCCUGCCCUGUAAUCCCGCAGCUGUUAGCACUCCCAUCAAAAACACAGAGGCCACACUGGCUGACUUUGCUCCAGUCACCUCCCCAAAGAUCCCAGCUUUGGUUAUCUACUGCAUUAAGGAGAUUGAGCACAGAGGCCUACAUGAGGUUGGCCUGUACAGAGUCUCUGGCCAUGAUCGCGUGGUGAAAGAGCUGAAGGAAAAGCUGAUUAGAGGAAAGACUCUACCUGCACUUAACAAAGUAGAAGACAUCAACGUUAUUACAGGUGUCCUCAAAGACUUCCUCAGAAACCUUCCAGAGCCACUGCUCACCUUCCACCUCAACAAAGCCUUCAUGGCAGCAGCGGAAAUCCAGGAUGAUGACAACAGUCUGGCCAUGAUGUACCAGACCAUUGGUGAGCUGCCUCAACCCAACCGAGACACUCUGGCCUGCCUGAUGAUUCAUCUGCAAAAGGUGUCUCAGAGUGUGGAUACCAAAAUGGAUGUGAACAACCUGGCCAGGGUCUUUGGCCCAACCCUUGUGGGUCAUGCUGUUCCCGACCCAGACCCUAUGACCAUCCUGCAUGACACAAAUAGACAACCAAAGGUGGUAGAGCGCUUGCUCAGUAUUCCAGCAAGCUACUGGAGCCAGUUUGCCCAUCCAGAUAAUACAGCCAUGGACAAUGCUCACCAGUUUGAUACUCUAGACCACAGAGUGAGCAUACUGGGACCAGUGACCACCCCAGAGCACCAGAUGAUGACUAAAACACCUUCCUCUAGCUCGCUGUCCCAGCGCAUGAUGCAGACCCUCUCCAGCACCACCAUAUUUGGGAGCAAGAGCAAAGCAACGGCUGCCUCUAACCGUCAGGGCAACUUCUUCGCUUCUCCACAGCUGAAGUAAUGAAGGACAAAAGCUCACCCAUAUUGUACUUUGGGGUUAGGCCUACUUACUGCAAUAACUGAAUAUACAUUCACAUAAUCACAUGGUGAAACUACUGUGCAAUUUUAACAUGUAAUAACUUUAUUACUGAUCUCUUUUUCUUUUUUUAAACCAAGACUUUCUACCCAGAUUUUUUUCACUGAAAAGAUUACUGCAUGUGAGUGUUUUGUUUUUAUAUCUUUGAUUGCUAAUGAUUUUAGUAUUGACCAAAACUGUGGUCACAUCUAUGUGAUUGUAACUAUUUGAAACGGAUUCAAGGAUCAUCAUUUUCUAUUAACACUUGGCAUUGAUGUUCAUUAGCUGUGUAGUCAAUGGUGUUUAUUCAUCUUUGAGCCUGUGGUUGUAACCACAGCAACAGGGAUGCACAAGCACACGUGGGAUACACAGUUGGAUUGGACAAAGAGAAAAGAAGUCGUGUUAUUGGCCAGUGUUUCUUUGUCUUUUGACUUUGGUUUCCUCAUCAUUGUCUUGGAAACUGACACUGGUUUCCUCAUCUAACAUUUUGAUUUAUAUGUAUGUUGAUUGUGUGGUUUGACAUUACAAUCAUGACUUAUAUACUUUAAAAAUACUGCAAUGUAUACACUGAUAAUGAAUGGGAUUAAUGCUGCUUUUUGCACUGUAUAAAUGUAACAACCUGAGUUAAAGUAUUUUCUACUUGGGAAAGCACACCACUAGAGGCUGCUGUGGCACCACUUUUGAUAUGCAAACCUUAACCGAUGAAGAGUAUCUACUGUAUAUUAUGCACAUAACCAAUCAGAAUUACUGACACUCCUUUUUUAUUAUUAACAAAUAAAUACUGUAAAUUAUUACUCUAACCUAGGACAGUUUGAGUCGAUAAUUUCCCUCACCCAAACCAUAGACUUGCAUGUGUGGUGAUCAUAAAAUAAAAUCUGGAGCUUCUUUAAUUUAUGAAUGUGAAAACUGAUUUGGCAUGCACAGUCACUGUUUCAAGUAUUAUUAUCCACAGUAGCUUUCUUGUACAGUUACAUCACCAGUAAUGCACAAGAAGCAACCUUUCCUCUGAGCAUAUGUCUGCUCUCUGCUGCUCUCACUGUCACUAUCAGAAACUUCAGAUUUCAGCAUGAUGACAACACUGUUACAAGUAUUUGUUAAUUUGGGGGAAAAUGUUUGAACUGAUUCACAGUACAUUCUCAUUAAAACCAAAUCUAGUUGUUCUUUGCUUGCCAGUAAAAAAUGUGUAUAGUUUGAAGUUGUCAGUCAACUAUAACACUGCUUUGUUUUCUAUGUAUUUUUAUACAUUCUUGUACAUUUAUUCCUUAUAUAUUCUGUUUCUCUAAUGAUACGUUGUUUAACUGAUGUAGUUACUUUCACUUUCAAGAUCUUGUGGACUGAAUGUUAAUAUUCAUUACUUUGUCUUGGCUCAAGUAAGAUCACAAAAGUCCAUAGUUGAGCUAAAAAUAAAACAUCAAAAGACUG